ACCAUGGAGAAGGGGGCGGGACCGUGGAGAUGGGCCCUGGAGACGGCUGGGGCCAGCGCCCAGGACCUGCACCCAGAUGCCGCUCCGGAAGCAGCUGGCACCUCGGCCCCUGGGCUACUAAGGCGGCGCUCGGUCUUGGUCAGGAACCCCGGCCACAAGGGCCUGAGGUUAAUUUGCCAAGAUUCCAUAUCCGAUUCUGACACCGAGGAAGCGCGGGGCCGUGACCACGAGCAGAGCGAGCAGAGCGAGCAGAGCGAGCCCGAGGUAGAGGAGGUGGGGCCUGAUACCACAGAACUCCACACCAACUCCAACUCCAGCUCCGAGGGCCUGGAGCCCGACCCCACAGCCCCUCCGGAUCCCCCAAACCUCCAGGACCCCACAUCUUCCAGUUUCGACUUGGACCCUGAUGUCAUUGGCCCGGUCCCCCUGAUCCUCGAUCCGGACCACGAAGAAGACACUCUCAGCCCCUCUGGUGACGCAGUGGACGACGACGACGACGACGUGGACCAGCUGGCUUCCAGCCCCUCCGAUGCGCCCCAGGUCCUGGCCCCCAGCCCGGCGGCCGUACUCCCCGCCGCCGCCGCCGCCCCCGCCAGCCCGCCCCGGCCCUUCUCGUGUCCCGAUUGCGGGCGCGCCUUCCGCCGCAGCUCGGGGCUCAGCCAGCAUCGCCGCACGCACAGCGGGGAGAAACCCUACCGCUGCCCCGACUGUGGCAAAUCCUUCAGCCACGGCGCCACGCUGGCGCAGCACCGCGGUAUCCACACGGGCGCGCGGCCUUACCAGUGCGCAGCGUGCGGCAAGGCCUUCGGCUGGCGCUCCACGCUGCUCAAGCACCGGAGCAGCCACAGCGGAGAGAAGCCGCACCACUGCCCGGUGUGCGGCAAGGCCUUCGGCCACGGCUCGCUGCUGGCGCAGCACCUGCGCACGCACGGAGGCCCGCGGCCCCACAAGUGCCCGGUGUGUGCCAAGGGCUUCGGCCAGGGCUCGGCGCUGCUCAAGCACCUGCGCACGCACACGGGCGAGCGGCCCUAUCCGUGCCCGCAGUGCGGGAAGGCCUUCGGCCAGAGCUCGGCCCUGCUGCAGCACCAGCGCACGCACACGGCCGAGCGGCCCUACCGCUGUCCGCAUUGCGGCAAAGCCUUCGGCCAGAGCUCCAACCUGCAGCACCAUUUGCGCAUCCACACGGGCGAGCGGCCCUACGCCUGCCCGCAUUGCUCCAAGGCCUUUGGCCAGAGCUCGGCGCUGCUCCAGCACCUGCAUGUGCAUUCUGGAGAGCGGCCCUACCGCUGUCAGCUGUGUGGCAAGGCCUUCGGCCAAGCCUCCAGCCUCACCAAACACAAACGUGUCCAUGAGGGGGCCGCAGCCGCAGCAGCUGCUGCUGCUGCUGCAGCUGCAGCCGCGGCUGCCAGCCUGAACCCCACAAUCAGGUCCGGGGAGGUGUCCCUCUUGGGUCCUGAUGGAGCUAUUUGCCCUAACGCCGAGCUGGAUCCCCAUCACCCCAGUCCUGAUCCCAAAGCCCUCCCUGCCUCGAGCUCUCCCCUCAGCCCCCAACCUGCAGGAGAUCAGGCGCCCAGUCCCCAGCCUCCAUCGGAACCCUGCUCACCCACCCCUGAGGUGGUCAGCCCAGCUCUCCCGAGCGGCAAGGGCCCCCAGUGGGACCAGGAGCCAGGGGCACUGCUGGGGCCCGAUGGCUGAAAGGGUUG